AUGCGCCCAGUUGACGUGUCCGACCUGAUUGGCACAACCGUUGGUGAGCUGCUGGACAUGCUGCCAACGCCUCCGACAUCGCUGGCGGUACACUCGCAGCGUAGCUCUGGAAUCUCGCGGGUCAGCGGCCUUGGUAUCUCCAGUUCAGUUUCAGCGCAAAGCUUAGUUAGCAACGGCUCGGACAUGGAUGGAGAGUCCGCCAGCCACUCUGGCGUCUCCCAAACACUACACCACAGCAGCAACGGACCGUCUCCAGCCCUGGUUAGCUCGCCCCGGGAUCCGGCAGCCCCCGCCAUCCCACCAAGACCGAACGCCGUUCGUCGUCUCCCCUCCACCGAGCCUUCUUCUCCACUGGCCACCCCAUCCCCCGGUGCCGCGCCGCCCACUCUUCGCAACGUGCAGUCUUCGUCUGGAUCAUCCACUGCUCUUGGAGCUGAAGCCAGCGAGGCAGAAUACUUUGAUUUGUUGUGCAGGACAUGUCGUGGUGUUGUACACGAGCAAGAUCGGUCUCGGCUGUACGCGUAUUUGCUUCGGCUUCCCGCUGAUCAGCUGCACAUUGCUCAAGACACGGCGCAUCAAGCUCUGUCCGACAGUGAGACCAUUUUCGAGUGA